CAAUCACAAACAAGCACACGGCCGUCGACAGGCUACCUUGAAUCCGAAGCGCCUUACUUAACGUUUUACGGAACAGCAUGACCGUGUCUUGGAUAGAUGAACUAAGUAGUAGUAGUGAUCCAGCAUCACUUCCUCCUAUUGAGGAGAAAUUUGAUCCUGAACGGAAUAUUAAAACCACCAUUCGAUAUUUUUAUAAUGAAGAUGGUGAUUUAAUCAAAGAAACUAAAGAGUAUAGGAGAGAGAAGCGUGUCGUUGCUUCUCAAGUUGCAGAAAGAAAAAAGUGGAAAAAAUUUGGUGCUUCAAAAUCUGAUCCACCAGGUGGAAGUAUAGCGAAUACCUAUCCAGCUGAUAUUGUUACAAUGCAAAUUGUUCAGUUAAGACAGCCAGAACAAGAGCAAAAGAGACAAGAAGAAUUGAAUGUAAAGGUUAAACUCGGAGAGCCAGUGGUUAUUUGCAGUUAUUGUAAGGGUGGGCAUUUUACGCGUACAUGUCCAUAUAAAAAUGAUAUGGAAGCAAUGCAGUUGUUGCAAGAACAACUUCGGGCUAAAAUUGAACCUGCAGAAGAAUCUGUUAAAGAACCACAAAUCGAUCGACCUGGACGUUACAUCCCACCAUCUCUACGUGGUGAUGCAGCUGCAACAGGCACUAGUAUGUCUUCAGAAAAGCGUCCAUUCGAUGGAAAUACAGUACGUGUGACUAAUCUACCUCCGGAUACAACUACAGAUGAUCUUAAGGCGUUGUUCAGUUCAUUUGGUCAUGUGAUGCGUAUCUAUCCUGCUAAGGAUAAAUUAACUCAACAAAAUAGGGGAUUCGCAUUCAUAUCGUAUGAAACAGCAGAACAAGCGAAAAAUGCAAUUUAUGGUGUUAAUGGUCUUCGGCAUAACCAUGUCGUACUCAAAGUUGAUUGGGCUAAGCCUUCGAAUAACUAGUUGUGUCGUUUCUUAGCAGAUCAGCCUGUCUGAUCAUACAAGCCAGUGACUUGUUUCUCCAGUUACUUCUGUGGUGGAAAUGUUUUGCUUUUAUUAUUUUUUGUUCACAAUAGAUUUAUCAAAUAAAUAAUUUGUCUUCUUAUUUAU